GGCUAUCGAAAGCAAACACGCAACUAACUGGGUCAUGACUUUUUGGAGACCAUAUGGCUUUGUAAUAGCGUUGGUCGCAAGACACUUAUUGAAGAAGGGAUUACGUUGGAAGAUGGUAUCUCUGUUGAAGGUUUUCUUUCUUACUCAGCUGACGCUACCAUUGUCCGCUUCACUUUAGAAAAUCUUCCAUUCCUCCCAGCCAUCCAGUUGAGAGAGGAAAGGGCUGCUCGCCUGUCGUGCUUGGGUGAAGUUCUAGAUCAUGGCAUCUCGAUAACAGAUGGUGAAUAGUAUGCCAUCUUACAUCUAGCUCCUGAAAAUGACUGUAUGGAAUCUCACGCGGAUGAAUCGGAGUGUCCCGGGCAUAGAUACUUGGAGUCCUUAUCUCGCCUCAUCAUUUGGGAUCCACAUGAUAAUGAACAGAGAAAAGUACUCUUACAGUGGGAUGAGAUGUCUGACUUUCGUCGUAACUGUCAAAGCUCUGAUCAUUGCAGAGCUGAUUGUCUUGACUACAAGAAAUGGGCGCGCUACUACCACUGCAAUGAGACUGACCAUGUCAUGCGAAACUGUAGUCGCAAUGGUUCAAUUGACUCCACUCCCAAUAAGGUCCAUGCAGUAAAGAAAUUUGCAAGUCAACCAAAACCUAGAAAAGAAUCAAACAAGGAAUCUACUGAGCCCCCCAAGGCUGUCCCUAAGAAACUAAAUGCACAAGAAAAUGCCCAUGUAGGUUCUCUAGCCCCUCAAGGCUUCAAACAUAAUGAGAGAGAAGCAACAGAUGCUCUCAAUGACACAAACGGUGGUGAGGAGGACACCGCUAUGAAUAAAAGCAGCCCUAAUCCGGUAAAAGGCUCUGACGCGUAGAAGACUAUCUCAAAAGACAUAGUAAUGAAGGA